UACUCUAUUUGUAAUGCUUUCAACAUCCCACGAGCCUUCCGCAAUUACAAGCUCUCCUUUCUUUCUUUCCAUCAAUCUUUCUUUUAUCCUUAUCUCUCUGCAAACUCCACUCUUCAAUUAUUUCUCUCUCGCUCUCUCUCAACCCAACACACAUACAAUUCCAUUAAUUUCUUCAUCUUUUUCUUCCUCACUGAAAACACACCCAUCCAAAAUAUUUACACUAAAUUCUCUCUACUCUGAUCGAUCCCAUAAAAAAAAUGGCUCUCGAAACAUGGCUAAUUAAAGUAAAAACAGCCAUAUCCAACAGUUUGGAUUCAGUACGUGGCACUGCAGCACCACCCACAAAACUCAUCAAGAAAUCCAAAGUCGGAGUUUUAGCCUUCGAGAUCGCCGGCCUCAUGUCGAAGCUGCUCCAUCUGUGGCAGUCUCUCUCCGACAAGAACAUAAUUCGCCUCAGAAACGAAGCUCUCUCCUUCGAAGGAGUCCGCAAGAUCGUCUCUAACGACGAAACCUUGCUCCUCGGCCUCGCCUGCGCUGAGAUCGUUGAAAAUCUCCGACUCAUCGCUAAGUCUGUGUCUACCAUAUCUAAGAAAUGCGAGGACUCGAGUCUCAGAUCGUUUGAUCGGUUGUUCAUUGAUUUUGCUAACACGGGUCGCGAUCCUCACAAUUGGGUUUUGAGUUGGAAAGAGAUCGAGAUAAAGAACAAGAAGAUCGAUAAGCUAAUAACCGCAACAACAACGCUUUAUAGAGAGAUGGAAGAGCUGUCGAUACUCGAAAACAGUUUGAGAAAACAGUUACAGUGUAAAGAUAAAGAACACGAAGUGUCCAUCAAACAACAGAAGAUUAUCGAUUUGCAGCAGAAGAUCUUGUGGCAAAGACAAGAGGUUAAGUAUCUGAAAGAGAGGUCUAUAUGGAAUAGAAGUUUUGAUACAGCUUCUUCAUUGCUUGCUAGGUCGAUCUUCACAGUUUUAGCAAGAAUCAAACUUGUUUUCGGGAUCGGAAAUGGAUAUCCAACUUCUUUGCCUCGAAGUCUAUCUGCUUCAGCUACUGUCUACCCAUCUGAAAAUCCCACUGCUUGCAAUUUCGUAUCAGGACCAUUGAUGAAAAGCUGUAAGAAUCAAGAAAAUAAAGAUUCAACUUAUGGGUUUUUCGAAUCAAAUUCGAAGAUACUAAAACCGCCUUCGAGCACUUUAGGUGCUGCUGCUCUAGCUCUACACUAUGCAAACUUGAUAAUUGUGAUGGAAAAGAUGAUAAGGUCACCUCACAUGGUGGGUGUUGAUGCUAGAGACGAUCUUUAUUCAAUGCUACCAAGUAGUAUAAGAUCAAUGUUGAGGGCUAGAUUGAAAGGGGUAGGGUUUUCGGCUAGUGAUUCAGUACUUGCCGGAGAAUGGAGAGAGGCUUUGGGGAAGAUCUUGGGAUGGUUGUCACCAUUGGCACAUAACAUGAUUAAGUGGCAAAGUGAAAGGAGCUUUGAGCAUCAAAAUUUGAUGCCAAAGACUAAUGUUCUUCUCUUGCAAACCCUAUUUUUCGCAAGCAAAGAGAAAACUGAGGCUGCCAUUACUGAGUUGUUGGUGGGUCUGAACUACAUUUGGAGGUUUGAUAGGGAGAUGAAUGCUAAGGCCUUGUUUGAAGGUACCAACUUCAAUGGUUUCUUGAAUUUGCAGACUUCAAGUUAAAGCAAAUGUUUUUUUUUUUUUUUUUUUUUUUUUUUUUUUUUUCCUUUGAAGUUUGCAUUUGGGUCUAUUUUUGAUUUUGAUAUGAUGGUUUUUCUUAGAUUGAACUCAAACUUUCAGAUCUGUGAGGGUUUGUUUUGUUUCUAACCCCGGUCUGUAUUUUGUAAUAUAAUUAAUGUAUGUAAAUGAUAUGGCUGAGUUAAAUUGUUAAAAACAAUUCAUGAGCUUUUGAUUA